AGCACCAUGGCCGAGAAGAUCGUCUCGGCUUUCCAUGCUCUGGGAAUUCCGUUGGAAACAGUAGACCACGUGCCUGCCUUCACGGUGGAAGAGCAGGCGGCUGUUGUUGGCCAUUUGCCUGGUACCCUCACGAAGAACCUCGUGUUGAAGGACAAGAAAGAAGGCAUUUUCCUCAUCUGUGCUGCGGCGACCCAAACCGUCGAAGUCAAGACAUUGGCCAAGAAGAUGCAAUUGGUAAGCAACAAGGUCAACUUGCGCUUUGCCACCGAAGACGUGUUGCACGAAGUGUUGCAAGUGAAGCAAGGGUCGGUGUCCCCGCUGGCUGUCCUCAACGAUACGGAGAACCAAGUCCGCUUGGUGUUGGACGAAUCCCUUCUCCACGCCGACAAAAUCAACUGCCAUCCUCUCCAGAACGACAAGACGGUGUCCAUCACACCUGCCGACUUGCUCAAGUUUGUGCGCCACUACGCGCAUGAACCCCUGAUUGUCGACUUCUCUGUGUCCGUCGCGCAAGCAACAUCCCCGCGCGCCGCUGCAUCCAAGGCUCCAGCCAAGGAAAAGAACACGAUUGUGAAGCCUGACAAGAUGGAAAAGGACACCAAGUCCAAGGAAGGCAUGGUGUGGUCGAAGAAGGAGAACUUCCCCGACUGGUACACGGACGUCAUCACCAAAUCGCAAAUGAUCGACUAUUACGAUGUAUCGGGGUGCUACGUGCUUCGACCUUGGUCGUACGAGAUCUGGGAGCGCAUCCAGGCGUACUUGGACGGCAAGUUCAAGGAAAUCGGCGUCAAGAAUUGCUAUUUCCCCAUGUUUGUCACGUCGGAAAAGUUGAACCGCGAGAAGGACCACUUGGAAGGGUUUGCGCCCGAAGUCGCGUGGGUCACCAAGAGCGGCGACACGGACCUGAAGGAACCUAUCGCGAUUCGCCCGACGUCGGAAACCAUCAUGUACCCCGCGUUCAAGAGCUGGAUCCGGUCGCACCGCGACUUGCCGCUUCGUUUGAACCAGUGGUGCAACGUUGUGCGAUGGGAAUUCAAAAACCCCACGCCGUUCAUCCGCACGCGUGAAUUCUUGUGGCAGGAAGGCCACACGGCCCACGCGACCAAAGAAAGCGCGGCGACCGAAGUGAUGCAAAUCUUGAAUUUUUACGCCGGCGCAUACGAAGAGUUGCUUGCUGUGCCUAUGAUCAAGGGCAAGAAGUCGGAAGUCGAAAAGUUUGCCGGCGCCGACUACACUACCACGAUCGAAGGGUUUGUUCCUAGCACGGGCCGCGGCAUUCAAGCUGCGACGUCGCACCAUUUAGGCCAGAACUUUGGUCGUAUGUUUGGCAUUUCUGCCGAAGACGAUGAAGGCAAGAAGAUCAUCCCGUACCAAAACUCGUGGGGGUUCACGACGCGCUCGAUCGGGGUGAUGGUCAUGCUCCACGGUGACGACAAGGGUCUUGUGCUACCCCCCCGCGUCGCGCCCAUCCAGGUCGUCGUGAUUCCGAUCCCCGUCAAGGAUAAGGACGAAACGGACAUGCUGUUUGCCGAAGGUGACAAGCUCCACGAUAUUCUGCACAAGGUUGGCGUACGUGUCGAAGUGGACCACCGCCGCAUCUACACGCCGGGCUGGAAGUACAACCACUGGGAGCUCAAGGGCGUACCGCUCCGCUUCGAACUCGGCCCGAAGGAUCUCGCCAAGUCGCAGGUCCGCGUUGUCCGCCGCGACAACAACGACAAAGUCGACAUUCCAAUCAACGAGUUGGCCGCCAAGAUCCCCGCGCUCCUCGAGCAAAUCCAGGCGGAUAUGCUUGCCCGCGCGCGCACCGAGCGCGAUAGCCGCAUCAAGGUUGUGACGGAAUGGAAGGACUUUGUCAAGACGAUUGCCGAAGGCAACAUGGUCCUCACGCCAUUCUGUAACGAAAAGGAAUGGGAAGAACAGGUCAAGGCCCGAUCCCGUGACGAAUCGCUCGCGCUCCUUGGUGAAGACGGUGAAGCGGACAACACGGCGACGAGUGUCGCGGCCAAGAGUUUGUGCUUGCCCUUCGAACACAACGCGGCGCCGAUGGAAGACGGCGUCAAGUGCUUCAUCAGUGGCCAACCCGCCAAGUGUUGGAUUCUUUGGGGACGAUCGUACUAAGUAGCGUCGCGUUGAGGACAUCGAUAACUUCGUCGACAUUUUUUGCAUUGAA